UAAAAAUAGGUCACCUGUGGUACACAAACGGCGUCAUGCGAGCGUUUAACACCUGAUCUUCACAUUUAUAGCUAGUUUUCUACAGUAACAGACUUCCAAAUUGAAAACAUGGACCACAUAUCUACACCCGUUUGGCUUUUUAUCUUUACAGGUUUGACUGGCCUGAGUGGUGGCCAGCAGUCCGGGCCCCAGAUGUUCAUGGGCUGUCUGAUUAGCGGGGCUAUAGACAACUGCAUGACGUCACACCUCCCCCAAAUCCACAUAGGAGGACGACUCGCCGACCAGACAAAAAGAAAACUAUUUAUGGAAUCACUGAAACUAAACAAGGAGGAAAUAGAGGAUAUUUGUAGGUAUAGGAGGUCGUACGAGGAGUUUCUGGUCUGUGUGUCCACACUGAAGAGGAACUGCUGGCUAAACAGCGAAGUUCAGAAUCUCUUCAUCGAACGGGAACAAAUCAGCAGGGUGCUCAACUACAUCUGUCAGAACUACACAUACUGGAAUUUCAUUUGCACAUCUGGACAGUUCUUCACGGUUAGCAACUGUGAGCGGGAUUAUGUACGGAACAGAACGGAACAACGCCGGCGCCAAAAUGUUAUGACGACUCGAGGACCAAUCACGAACGAUGAUUCCUAUGAGAGAAUUCGAGACGAAUGCGUGUACGACUGGAAGAAUGUAACACGGAAGAACCAGGACAUCUCGUGUCUAUACAUCAUCUACCAGAUGAUCAUGAUGGCGUCUUCUAUCAUCACCCCUGGAACUAUUUUUCUCCUCGUCACUGGCGCCACCAACAUCGCUUUACCGUCGAUCCCAUUGUAUGGCGCAUUAAUACUGAACAUUAUCCCCAUCGCCAUCUUUGUUCUGCUUGUGUUGUUCGCCAAAAGCGAAACCCAGUUGGCGUAUGCGGGUGUCCUCUCGGCUAUAUACAGCUUGCUGAUGAUGUUGAUUCUGGUGGGACUGAUCCGCCAGGCGGCCGAGUUCGGCUACUGCUCCGUGACAACCAUCUUCCUGACCGCUGUGAUCGCCAUCUUCCUAAUGGCGGCCGUCCUCCACCCACAGGAGUUCACGUGCAUCCUUCACGGCUUCCUCUACUUCCUCUCCAUCCCGUCAAUGUCCAUGGUCCUCAUGAUCUACUCCCUCGGAAACCUGCACGUCGUCUCGUGGGGCACGCGCGAAAAUAAGCAAGCAGCGCCACCUGCCAAACCGGAAGACAACAAGCCAACUGGAAGUAGAGUUGAAGGUUGGUGGGGAAAGUUCAUCGGAAGUCCAGACUCGCGCUCAGGAGGCCGAUCGCUGUGGCUGGAUUCCCUCUUUAAAUGCACGUGUUUCUCAGAGACCGUUGUCAAGGACGACGACAGUAAGUUGAAGGUCAUCAUGUCAAGACUGGACGGUAUCGAGCAGGCGCUAACAGGCGGGAGUGUUUCGAGGUCCGAGUCCGACAGACGGUCACCAGGUGUCACUAGCAGACGAAGGUCACGUCCCGUGUCCGUACACUUCGAUGACAUUCAAGAAGACAGCACGGAAACACAGCAACCAGCAGUGUUCCAGCUGACGUCAGCGGAACCCAUGUGGAUUGAUGAUUCUACCCUUGGCAAUGGACAACUGGAUACACUGAACACCGAGGAGAUGACGUUCUGGGAUGAACUCAUCGAAGAGUAUCUGUACCCAAUAGAGGAAAAUGUCGAGCACAAGAAGGCUAUGCAGACUGAGUUACUCGAACUGAGAAACAGAACCUGCUUGUUCUUCUUCCUUAUCAAUGGCCUCUUCAUCAUCCUCAUCUCCACUUUUCAACUAGUGUCAGAGUCUACCCCAAAUCUGUCCAUUAACCUUCCCUGUGCCACUGGAGACUCAAAUGGACAAAAUUUUGAACCCAUCUCCUUUGCUUUCAUGUUCGUCUUUGGCGUGUUGCUGGUCAUUCAGUUUUUUGGGAUGUUCUUCCACCGGCUGUCUACAUUUCUGCACAUUGCUUCACUCACGAAGAUUAGCGAUAUAAGACGUGCUAUGAAAGGAAAGAAAUCUGAGAAAAUGUUGAAGAACAUGACAGGAGAGGAAGCCGUGCAGCUUGUCAAGGACUUACAGCGACCAAAAGAACAAGAACCAGAAGAGGUUUACACAGUACUGGACUCCACUGAGACCGAUAACAUCAUCGCUGAUCGCGAAAACAACAAAUGGAGGAGACUAGUUAGCCGCAAAAUCGUGGCAAACAAAAUGGCCCGUGCACCUGUUACGAACUACGACAAUGUGUUUAUAGAGAACUUCUCUGACGUAACGGGAGUAGGGCGCAACGGCGCUUCAUCUCUCCAGGGGCCAUCCAGAAAGACACAGAAGUCAGGCAUAUAUUUGAACAAAGUCUCUGUCGAGGCCUUAAGCAAAAUGGCGUCAUCUACAGACAAGGUGAAGCGGUCGCUGGCUCGGAAGGCAACCAUCAUGCAGACGACAAGGAUGAAGAUUGACUCUGCCUCUUCUGAUUCUGGUCCACCGCCUGGACCUGCACAGCGACGAAUUCGCAGACAUCGACUAGAGGCAGGUAAAGUGUCGGGGAAGUAUGAAAACAUCAAGGAGGUGCCCUCUCAUUGAUUGAUUGAACACAUAUAUAAACAUAUAAAAGUAUACUUACAAUAUAUGUAGUGACAGUCUUACAUAAUUGUGUGCGUGUGUGUGUGUGUGAAGGGAGUAUUGUUGGUGCAUUCAAAUUCAAUAGAUUAUCGGUUGAAGCAAAAUGUUGUUAGUAACAUUGACUUCCCUCUGACGGGACUAAUAUAAAUGUGUGAGAGAAGGCUAGUACUGCAUUCAAGUAUUAUGCGACCCUUCUUUACAGAAUAAAACACAAAAUCUGUCCUCGAUUCGAGCGUAGUAAUGAUAUACACACACACACACACGCACGCACGCACACAAACUAAUGUUUUUGUCUCGCCAUAGAGUGAUUCACUGCUAUUUUAAAGACAAUCAAUUGUCAACCAAACCAAGCCUGGGUGUCUCGGUUGGUGUAAGCUGUCGAGGAUUCAGGUGUUAAUAAUAAGUUGCCGGUGUUUGUACAUGGCGAAGAGAAGCGUUAUUUAAUACAUAAUUAAAGACACAGUUUGGUUACCGAUAAAAAAGGAACUGUUCGUUAACGGUUUUUGGUUUUGCUCUGAAACGCAUGGAUCGUGUCAUACUAUGUUGAGCGUUUCUUUCGUUUUAUACGUAUUACAGAGAUGUAUUUCUACACAUUGUAUAUACUUAGUGCUAUUCUGCAUUUACUGUUUUAGUUUCUCAUUUACGUUCUACCAACUUUCUUUAUAUUUAACUUUUUCCAGUUACUUACAUAUACAUACCUUCUGUUUUGGUGUGUUUUUUCUUUUGCCAAUAAAAAAAUACUUGCAUCAUUUCAAAUUCAUCAGAGUAAAUAUUUGCUUUUGUUAUUUACUUAGUUUUACUUAGAUUAAUACGCGAAAUGAAUGUACCAUAGGCGCGGGAAGAUGCAAACAGGUAGGGGGUGGGGUGGAUUGUCAUUUAUAUAUUAAUCAGGCUGUUAAAAAAAAAAAACCUCUUCCUAUUUUUCGGUCUUCAUCCUAUUUGUUUCCACUGUUUCCUCAAAAUACCUACUUUUUUCCUACUUUUUGGUCUUCAUCCUAUUUUUCCUAUGGUUUCUUCAAAAUACCUACUUUUUGUUUUGAUUUGUGAUGUGCAAUUUCAAAAUGCCGUUAUUUUUGUAAACGUAUGCAUAUUGCUUGUAUUUUUAUAAAAGUAAACACAAAUGUCUGAUCUUAUGACAAAAAACCUACAGCAUGUUGGCUGACAUUUGUAGCAUUUACCAUCUCUUCUACGGACAGUAACGUUGGUUCCAUAUUAUAAUUUGUCUGUAUAUCUGGGACUCAAAUGUUAAUUACUAUAAUAUAAAUAUUAUUUUCAUGUUGGAAGCUUUCUUGAUUUUCUGUCAUUGUGAAACUUAUGUCAUGCGUACAUUGUUUUUGAAUGCGUAAUUAAGUCAUUUAACACGUUAACAUGUAGUUUAUGUUAGCAGACAAUAUUUUGUUAAAAGUUUAUGUAACUAAUAUCUAGUGUCUGAAAAAUAAGGUCUGUAACUAUUUUCAAAUUCAGUAUAAUUUGUCAAGUGUUCUAUGUAUGUUAGCUACUAAAAUACUCAGUAGCUUAGACCUUAGAAUAUUUUCAAUGAACAUUACAAUGUCAUUUUUGUGUAUGUAUUAUUGCUUUAAUAUUUCAUGAACAACUUUAUCAUGUUAAUCUGGUUUAGUGUGCUAGAAGAUGCAUCAGCAUUACAUGUAUUGUAUUUGUAUAUUGAUUCAUACAAUUCAACAAUUUCAAAUAAUUGUCGAAUCUAAUUGUUGCAUACGAUUCCUGUUAUACUGGAUACCAAAACUGCAGGUACAAAUUGAGCAUCAGAGACUAUCCUGAGUUUGUUACCAUUGUAACAUAUUUCCAAAUCCUAUUAACAACUACAGUACAUCUUGAAUAGUGUAUUUAAAAUAUCGGUUUCUGUAUUUCGAAUGUGUUUUGGGUCGCCUUAAUAUCUGUUGUAGCUGCAAUAUAUUUUUUGUUCUGGUAUGUAUCAAAUUAUUUGGAGGUAAAAUAAGGAUGUGGCUACGACAAACAUUAGGAUAACAAGAAACAUAUUGUAGGCAAGAUUAUACCAAAUAAAAUCCAUAGGCGACCAUGUUAUCGUUUGUGUUUAAAAACACUACAUGCAAUAUAUCAACCAAACUAUGACCAAUACAUAUCAGUACUACAGCCCCUACCUCAAAGUAUAAACUACAGAAAAUGGUACCUUUCAUGGCUCAUUUUCGGUAUAACCAGAUAGUUUCACAUAAAAUUUGAGUACUUUUUUUUACAGGUACCCCAUACAUGUUCCAAUCACAAGGCUAGUUGACACAGUAGUACUAGAUGAAAUAACAUUGCAUACAUUUGUAGCCCAGAUGAAACUAAUUUUCUUUACAACCAACACACUCAUAUUUAUAACCAAUCACAGGACUGCAUCUCGAACUUUGACCCAGCCGGAAGUUAAUUGGUUUAGUGCUACCUGUAUAUACACGUACUGGCAUUCUAAAAUGUGCUGUUAAUUGAAAACAUCCUACAAUGGUUGCAAACUAGGACAGGUAUGUUCUCAAUAAUAGCUUCUUUCUGGCUUUUUGUUGGUAUUUCAUGCAUUUAUGUAUCCAGUACGAGCAUGUACAAUGUUCUACAUGUGCUGUUUCAGUCCUACUUUUGUUCUACUUUUCUUUCUAUUUUCCUACUUUCGUUCUACUUUUCUAUUUUCCUACUUUUGUCCUACUUGUUCUAUAUUUUCAUUCCUACUUUUGUCCUCGUUUUUCACGAGCUGCUCAACAACCUGAUUAAUUCAUUGUUUUAAGCGGUAAUGCAAACGUUUCAGAUAUACAUAUACAUGUAUAUAUUCCUUGUUUAUUUUACCUGUAUAUAACGGCCACCUGUUCAAUGCAGACAACGACCUCUAUUUUUUGGACCAAAAUUAAUAGUUGAACCUGCUGGCCACAAAAUUACAAAUACCAAUAUUUUUGUUUGUCCAAAAUGGACGGUUAAACUUGCCAUAACGGUCACAAUAUAAAGUUAUUGUUUUACUUAAGUUGAAAUAAAACCGAUACAUACUCCAGUGCAUCAUUAAUCUUAUUUACGUCUUAUUUCUCCCAUCUCUAGCUAUGCAAGACUAAUGUGGUCAUGUAGGAUAGAAAAAGUAUACGCGAUCGGGUGGAAAUUUCGACUCGGGACAAGACUUGCAGAGUCCCAGGGUCGAAAUUUCCACCGCUGAAGGUAUACUUUUUCUAUCCCACACGAACGUAUGCGAUGGAGUCUUUUUCGCCCAUCCAUUCGAUAAAUAAACCAUUAUUUUACACGAACAAACAAAGAUGGCUGAAAAAGUAACUUCUUUAUUUGACCGUUUUAUCAUAAAUAAGUUACAUUAUCAUAUUUACCGCGUCUGUUUAAUGUGUUAAACAUAAUUUAACACAGUAGGAUCUCGUUGGGUCGAUCUCGGAAACGUCGAAUACACCGGCACGCUCGAUUCAAAAACAAAGUCCCGAGUUGCACUUAUACGAUGUUGACCGAAUGGUUAGGUCGAACUACCUAAUGGGUUGAACACUUUCUCGACCACUGACAGGGUUCAAGCCAACGGAAUUCAACUAUACUGAAACAAUGAAAACGCAAAAACUAAUUUUCAUUGCAAAUAACGACAAACUAUUAAUGAAUUGAUGGAUAAUGUAAUAUGACAUUAAUGACUGGUAUUCAUGAGACAUUCACAUGGGAACAUGGCCAG